AUGAAUAAUACAACGGAAACAAAUAUUAAUUUAUUACAUGUUAGUAAAGUAGAAGAAGAUGGACAACACUUCCGGGAUGAAAAUUUUAAAGGAUCAAAUACAGAAAAAGAUCUUUUUAGAGAUAUAUGUCAAUCAUCUUCAAUUUUUAUUUUCUUAAUUGUUAUUGCAAUUAUUCCGAUUUUACAAAUAUUUAUCGGUUGGCGUUAUUCUGAUGCUUGUCCAAUUAAUAAAUCAAUUCCAUAUUAUUUAAUUGUAGCAGGUAUUAUUAGUCUUCUUCUAGUUAUUUUAAUUUCGAUUACACAAUUUAUAAGUCGAAUAUUUGGAAGCAAAAUGUUUGAAGAUGCUAAUGAUAUAACAAAUCCAAAUCGAACAACAAUGCUUUUUGGUUGUGGAAUAUGUAGUAUAAUGUGUAUAAAUCUUUCUCUUUUUGUAUUCUUACUUGGUUGGUCAGUUGCUGGAUUAGUAUGGAUUAUUGAAGUAUGGCAUCGAGUUCAAUAUCAUCGAAUAGAUAGUGAUGAUUAUUGUAAUCCAUUACUUUAUCAAUUUACGUUUUCACUUCUUUUACUUACAGCAACAUUUAAAAUACUAUUUUUUUGUUUUGUUUGUAGAAAAACAUGUGUCAGAGUUAGUAGUACACGAAGAAAAGACACAACAAUAACAGAAGAAUGUUAA